UACAGAAAUGCAGUCUUUGGUAAAUUACUUUUACAACAAACCCGGCAAAUUACUCCUUGCCGGGGGCUUGCUGUUGGUGUCGUCGGAAGUUGCGUACGAACUUUACCUCUGGUUGCGGAAAGCUAAAAAACCCAAAACCAAGUCUUGCGAAGUGUUCUUUAUAAACAGGCGCAAACUACUGCAACCUGCACCGAGUCCGCAAGAGUUUCUCUUCGAACACGUAAAUCGUAUCGUGAGCCUUAUAGAUCGGGCAGAAAAAUCCAUCUGUUUGGCCAUGUACAUCUUUACCGUGCGGGAGAUCAGUGAAGCGGUCAUACGGGCAAAGAAGCAGCGGUCGGUUGUGGUGCGAGUCGUAACAUGCGAAUCCAUGGUAGGAAACGAGGGAUCCUACCUACGCGACCUGAUCUUUGAAGAUAUAAAGGUACAAUACAAGUACAAAAGUGACCACCUGAUGCAUCACAAGUUUUGUCUGCUCGACACGGAAUGGUACUGUGGCAAUUGUCUGAUUGCGUACCAUAUUGCUGAAUACGGAGAGCCGAACAAACAUUUGCAGCAUACCCUGUUCGACAAAGCUGUCCUGAGCGAUAGGGCUGGACUGUUGGAUCGAUUCGGUAGCUCCUGUUCGCGUUGCCAGAAAACAAAAGCAGGCACACAAAGCAAGCAAACGCCGCAGGUACAAAAGUUACACGGGUCAGCGGUGGACCGGUUGCCCGAGAAAGGUCUUCUUAUUGCUGGUUCUAGCAAUUGGACGUCUCCCGGUUUGAUCACACACUGGGACAAUAUGACGUACACCUCGCUGCCAGAAAUGAUCGACCCAUUUAUGGCAGAGUUUCAGCGCAUGUGGUACGAGUUCAGUGAUCCCUUGGAUAAGACAAAGCUGAGGGAACCAUUGUACCGGGAUAAAGUGUGGUGUGAAAAGACAGACCUGUGUGCGUAA